UUGUAUCUUACCGCCUGAUCGAGGCUCUCUUCGACUUCUCAGAGCUUCUUAUUUCCAUGAUAAAUUUCUUGUUCUUUGUCUCGUCAGUCGCAGCACUGACGGGCUUCACAUUUGCUUCUCCUGUGGAUCGAGAUGCAGCCCCGGCUGUUAAGCUGUCGUAUGGUUCGUUCCAGGGCCAGAACACAGGGAAUGUUUCGGAGUUCUUAGGGGUGCCCUUCGCUGCAGCACCAACAGGGAAUUUGCGCUUUGCGCCACCGCAGCCCCCCACUCCAUUCGAGGGUGUGCGCCAAGCAACCCAGUACGGAGCUGCCUGUCUGCAACAGACAACUGCUGCCGACACUGGUGCUCUUCCUUUCAAGCUGCCCUCUAUCAUCCACCCGAUACCAGGAGCUCCAGGCAUUGUGAACUCUUCGGAAGAUUGUCUCUUCAUCAAUGUCGUGAAACCUGCGACCGCCGACUCGAAGGGCGGGCUCCCGGUGCUGCUGUGGUUCUUCGGAGGCGCAUUCGAGACGGGUGAUUCUUCUAGUUUUCCAGGCGCGCCAAUUGUAGAGCGGUCCAUUGUUCUCGGAGAGCCUGUUAUUUUUGUUUCUGCCAACUAUCGUCUUCAUGCACUCGGUUUCCUCGCUGGCAAAGAGGCCCUUGCUGCCAAUGCGACCAACCUCGGGUUGAGAGACCAACGACUCGCAAUGGAGUGGGUCCAUGAAUACAUUUCGGACUUCGGUGGGGACCCGUCGAAGGUGAUAAUCUGGGGAGAGAGCGCGGGCGCAGAGUCUAUUGGUCUGCACUACCUGAUCAACAACGGCACCACCGACCUUUUCCGUGGCGGUUUCAUGGAGUCGGGCAGCCCAUACACACUGAAAACAGUGGAGGACGGACAGCAAUGGUAUGAUCACCUCGUCGAAUACACGGCUUGUGGCGGAAACUCGGACACCUUUGAGUGCCUCCGUCAGGCGCCGAUCGAUCAAUUGAUGGCGGCGGCGAACUCUACUCCCAGCUACAUCAACUACACCAGCUUGAAUCUGGCGUGGUUUCCGCGUGUAGACGGUAAUGUAAUCGCACGUAACCCUGUCGAGUCACUGCAGAUGGGUUUGUAUUCAAAGGCACCAUUCGUGAACGGAGACUGCGAUGAUGAAGGCACCAUCUUCUCACUUGCGAACCUCAAUAUUACAACUGAUGAAGAGUUUGCCAAUUACAUCCACACGAACUAUCUUCCUACGGCUUCGGAUGAACAAAUCGCAGUGCUUGCUGAUGUCUAUCCCGCAAACCCUGCACUAGGGUCGCCAUUUGGUACCGGAGAUAUGUGGAAUAUCUCAGCCCAGUAUAAGCGUCUUGCAUCAUUCCAGGGUGACCUGCAGUUCCAGGUACCACGCAGAUUCUUCAUGUCAAUUGCAUCUGCCACGCAGCCUACCUGGUCGUACCUGUAUAAGCGGGGCAAGUCGGAACCAGUAAUCGGCACAUACCACGCUUCUGACAUUGCGGAGUUCUUCACGGACAUUGACUACAUUGGGAUGGAUGCCCUGAUCAACUUUGCACACAGCCUUAACCCAAAUGCUCCUUCCGGACUUCCGCAGAACAUCAGUUACCUCUCUGAUGUCCACUGGCCGCAGUACGGGUCGUCACUGAUCCCUUCCCUGCUGACAUUCUGGGACCCUGCUCCAACUGUCAAUAUUACGUUGGACACAUUCCGCGCGGUGCCCAUUGAGGUGCUGACCUUGAUCACACUGGCACUCGCCUUGGCCUGAGCGCUUUGUCUCGCUCCGCUUUCCGCUCCUUUUCAGGUUUUGAACGGCUAAUAGCUACAUGUGUUUCAGUAAUUUAGUUUUCUUAAUGAAUUUAUCAAUAUUUAGCCUAGCG